AUGGCGAGCGGUGUUGCAACAGUCAAGGAAGUUGUGUCAGGAGACACCGUCGUUAUUGUCGGCUGCCCGAGAGGAGGCCCUCCUCCGGAGAAGCGUCUAUCCCUCGCAUAUGUGCGAGCGCCGCGUGUAGCAAUGAAAAGUCUCUCAUAUGAACAGCGCGACGAGCCAUACGGGUUCAUAGCCCGGGAAUUCAUGAGACGAAAACUCAUCGGUCAAACAGUGGAGUUUUCCGUGGAUCCUGUGGCCACUGCAGCGGCUACACGGUCAUUAGGAGCGGGGAGCUCUAGUGCUGAUGGUGGCAGCGGUAGCAGUAGCACCAGAGCUAUAGGCACAAUCAAAUUUAACGGAGAAGACGUACGUUUCGGUUUAGUCAGGAAUGGACUUGCUAAACUCGAUAAUUCUGCGAAGAACCUUGCUGCCGAAUAUCCUCUAGUACAAGAACUAGAACGCUGUCAGGAGCAGGCCCAGCAAGAGGAGGCGGGAGUGUGGAACCCGGAUGCAGCACCAGGAGCCGUAACUGUGCGUGAUAUACAGUGGGCGUUGAACGACCCUGCAGCAGCGAAAGCGUUUGCUGCUGCAAAUAAAGACAAGCGCGUACCUGCUUUGGUGGAAUAUGUGCGUGACGGGGGUUGUGUUAGGGUGUCGCUGUAUAUCGACCCAAAGCAGCAACAGGAGCUUCAACAGCAGCAGCAACCCGUGCUACACUUGAAACAACCCUUGAAAGUACUCUAUGCCUCUGUAUUACUCUCUGGUGUUCAGUGCGAUGGCUUUAAACGUGAACAACCGCAGGAUGGCUCAACUGGUGGACCUGCGAAAAUUGUCGCAGAGCCUUUUGCAGAGGAAGCGCGUUUCUUUGUGGAGGCAAGACUUCUGAAUAGAGAAGUGAAUGUUCGGAUAGAGGGAGCUGAUGAGGUUGGCAAUUUGUACGGAUCUCUCUAUCACCCCCGUGGAAACAUAAGUAUACUUCUCUUGCAAAAUGGGUUGGCUCGAAUUCAAACAGCAACUGUUGGAUUGACAGAAGCGGGCGCACAGAUGCGAGUCGCAAUGCAGGAAGCCCAGCAGAAGCGCCUUCGUCGCUGGAAGAACUGGCAGUCGUCAACAGCUAAUGUAGCUGCGAAGCAGUAUACAGCCGUGGUAGCAGAGGUUAUAAGCGGUGACCUUUUGCUCCUGCAGUUACCAGAUGGGUCUGAACGGAGAGUGUAUUUGUCAAGCGUUCGUUGCUUGAGAGGCACAGCAGCAGGAGGCGGGGGUGGCGGUGGUGGCGCUGGGGCACCUGUAGGCGGCCGUGGCUCUACUACAUUGAAGGACGAAGAUAGUAUGGCUUUCCAGGCGAAAGAGUUUGUUCGCAAGAAGUUAAUAGGCAAGAAAGUGCGGGUGUGUGUUGAUUAUUUACGAGAAAUUACUGUUCCUGCGCCCGCUGCUGCGGUUCCAGGGAGGGGCCCGCAGCAGCAACAAACGCAAUUCGUCAGUGUGUACCUACCAGGGGGUGGUGGCGGUGGCACGAAGGAACAUAGCGCUACUACUAACGGCAGUGGCCCUGCAGUAGUAGCCACACCCGACACGCCCGACGGGCAGAAUAUUGCUGCUCUCCUGGUGCAGCAAGGCUUGGCGAAGACUGUACAGCAUAGAGGAGACGACGAGCGUGCCAGGGACUACGAGACGUACGUGGAGCUGGAGAAGUCAGCACAGCAGCGAAGAGUUGGCUUGCAUGCGCCACAGCAGCAGUGGCUAACCUUUCGGAUUGUAGACCUCACUGGACCAGCAAACGUUCAGCGAGCGCAUGCGCACUUUCAACAACUCGAACGCGUGCCUCGUUUGGAUUGUAUUGUUGAUUAUGUAUUCAACGCUUCUCGAUACAAGUUGCGCGUCCCGUCGCAAAACUUGUGGAUAUCAUUUGCAUUGUCGGGGGUGCGUAGCCCUCAGGCGAGUGCUCGAGCAGGUGGAGUGAGUAACGUAAGAGGAGGAGGACGAGAAGCAGAGCCAUUCGGCGAUGAAGCAUUAGCAUAUGCUCGCAGUAGGCUGCUACAGAGAGAAGUACGUGUAAAAGUAGAGGCAAUAGACAAGGGCGGUAACUUUCUAGGAACAUUGUGGCAUUCACAGGGUAAUAACUUUGCUGCCGAACUGCUCGAGCUUGGUCUGGCACACACUGUCGAUUUCUCUCUAGCACGCACCCCGUUUAAGGACCUACUCAUACAAGCCGAACGAAAAGCACAGGGGGCGAAACUCAAGCUCUGGUCACUACAGCAGCCUGCAGUGGACGCUGAUGGCAUCCCACAAGGUGAAGGGGGAGCUGCUGCGAAAGAUAUUGAGGUUGACGAAAGUUUGCCUGAGGUUAUCAUCUCUCACACUGAAAACGUCGAGCUCUUCUAUAUUCAGGAGGCGCAUAAUAAAAAUUUGGAGAGAGUAAAUCAGGCGCUGGCACAAUACGGAGAGAGAGAAAUGGACAAUGCAGGAGGCCAAGAGACCGCCAUCACUGCGGAUGACGUCUACACCCCGGGAGGACCCCCUCGUCGCGGGGAGCUAGUGCUUGCAAAAUUUACAAGUGAUGGAACCUGGUAUCGAGCUCGCGUAGAGGGAACCGAAGGAGGCGCCAACAGCAGCGGGGGGAAGAACGACGUUUCGGUCAUGUACAUCGACUUCGGCAACUCGGAGGUCCUUUCGCUUAGUCACCUAAGGAGGUGUCCACCUGCAUUGAAAGAGAUACCUCCCCAGGCAAAGCCGUGCUGUUUAUCGGGACUGUUACCCCCGCCGGAGAUGGACGUUGAGGCAGCUUCUUUUUUUGAGAGUUUGACGCACGAGUUGGUGUUUUGUUGCACCGUCGAGAAAAUUGACACGCAGAGGCGCCGGCAUGUAAUUCUUACCCCGCAGGAAACGUCUGGCUCCGCAAAAGCAGGAGUGACCAUCAAUGAGAAAAUGGUGCGACAAGGCCUUGCGCGCUUAGAUAAAAAGUCCAAAACAAGGAUUUUCCACCGGUUGCAAUUGGAAGAGCAGGCUGCUAGGAAAGCACAUAUCAAUGUUUGGCGCUAUGGCGACUGCGGCGCCGAUGAUGAAGAAGAUAAUUAUACGUCGCUCAAGGGCAAGCCUGGUGGUAGCCACGGCGUCGACUUCGCAUAA